UGCCAGUGCCCACACUCCCGACAGCCUAUAAAAGAUGGGAGGCAGGCAGUGGUUCUCAAACAGAUCCACAGGCAGACACCGGAGAGACAGAGAGAGAGAGAGAGACCAGAGAAGAAGAGGAGAGGAGACGGAGGAGCGCUAGCCGCACGGAUCUUCGGCAGCCGAGAUGUAUCGGUCCACGAAGGGAGCCUCCAAGGCGCGGCGGGACCAGAUCAAUGCGGAGAUCAGGAACCUGAAAGACCUGUUGCCCAUCGCGGAAGGGGAUAAGCUGCGGCUAUCGUACCUCCACAUCAUGUCCUUGGCGUGCAUCUACACGCGGAAAUCCAUCUUCUUCUCCAAAGGAACAACUCUAGAAGGCUUGGAGAGCUUGCUUUCUUCCCAGGACUUGGAAGAUUUUAUGCAGACGCUUCCAGGCUUCCUUCUGGCAUUCACUGGAGAAGGCAAACUCAUCUAUGUGUCGGAGAAUGUUGCUGAACAUCUGGGGCACUCCAUGGUGGAUUUGGUUGCCCAAGGAGACAGCAUCUAUGACAUCAUUGAUCCAGCAGAUCACUUUGUGAUGAGGAACCAGCUGGCAUUGACCUCUCCAAUAGAUACAAGCCGACUUUUCCGCUGCCAUUUCAACACAUCCAAGACAAUCCGGCGGCAAAGUUCCGGGAACAAGCUGGUCCUUAUCCGAGGGAGGUUCCACCAGCCCCCACCUGGCUCUUACUGGUCCACUAAUCCUGUAUUCACUGCUUUCUGCACUCCUCUGGACCCCAAGCCCAGAAUCAGCCAGAAUUCUUUCUUCUUGACUUAUUUUGAGAGUCGCCACACAAAAGACUUGGCCAUUGUGGACAUCUCUGAAAGUGUGAUCUUCCAUUUGGGCUUUGAGAAAAGUGAGCUGUUUUGCAAGUCAUGGUAUAGCCUGAUUCAUCCAGAAGAUCUCAGCCAUGCGUCAACCCAGCAUUACAGGCUGCUGGGUGACACAAGUGAAACUCAAGCUGAAGUGGUCGUUCGGCUCCAAACCAAAGAUGGCAAGGAUUGGAUAUGGACCUAUUCACUGCUCCACAUGGAGAAUGCUGAUGUUCCUAUCACUUCCCACAACUAUAUAAUCAGUGAUUCUGAAGCCUGGUCUCUCAAGCAGCAGCUCUCAGCAGAAGAAACCCAGGUGGCCUAUGCCCUCGGAAGUGCACCAGCUUUCCUGGAAGGCCUCCUCUCUCCGGGGCAACUUUCCAGCCCUGACCAAGUCUUCACACCUGUAGCUGGCACCCCGACCAGCACCAUUGUUGCGCCGUCAUUUGACUUUGGCACCACUGGUGGAGCAGAAUGCCCCUCUGCGUUCACAGAGACCAGCGCAUCCAGUCUGCCCCAGGAGGUGGCGGAGCCUAGAAAUAUCUCCUCCGUGGAGGAGCCCACCCCAGGCUCCAGCCUCAGCCUACUCGACAAAGGCCCAGCAUUCAGCUACGUGGUCUUCCCAACAGACUACGAACAGACCUUAAGACGAGACAACCUUAGCGGCUCCUCCUCCAAAGACUUUGUCUGCACCCCUCCAUAUACCCCACACCAGGGCUGUGCCUUUCUCUUUGGAGCCCAGGAGACUUACGCUUCAAGCGCCAUCCCUACUGCCUUGCCUCCUGUGACCACUACCCCACCCGCUGCCGCCGCCGCCGCCCCUGCCACCACUGUACCUACCACCACCACCUCUGAGCUGUUCUACACCCAGGACCAAUGCAGUGCUCUCUAUGAGAAGCUACCACCUACCCCGGACAGCCCUGGUAAUGGGGACUGUACCGUCAUGACCUUGCCUGAGAUCAGAGGUCCCCUCUAUAUCGAUGUGCCCAUGGUGCCCGAGGGGAUCCUGACUCCAGAGGCCUCGCCCAUCAAACAGACAUUCUUCAGAUAUUCUGAAAAAGAGAAGGGCGAGAUCGAACUCCUGGCAAAGCAGAUCAGCAGCCUGGCUGAGGCUUUCAGCUCUGUUGCUCCCAGAGAGCUCGUCAAGAGCAGCCAUGUCACCCUCGGCGAUUCUGCACUGGGCGCCGGCCCCGAAUUGUGCCUGGACUUCCAGCCUUCCAAGAACUGGAGGAGCAUUGACUUCUCCUUGUUGGCCUGUCCAGAGGAAGACCUCUUAGAAGAGGAUGCUCUCGAGACCCUUCUCCAAGACCUGUCCACCUCUCUGUUUGAGAAAGGUGGGGCGGGUGUGAGGUGCCCUCACCACCAGUUCUGCGGUGGGAAUGUCAGUAGUCCAAUCGGCUUGGACACCGAAGAUAGUAACCAAGGGGCCUUGGCUGCCUCUCCCAGCAUGGACCUACCUCCAGAAGAGCGAUGCUUUUUGGAAGAACUGGCCUCCUAUGAAACAGCCUUUGAGACACGUGCCUCAAACUCUCCCUGUGAUGGGUUAGAUGAGUUGUAUCAACUCCAGAGCCACAUGCAAGAAGGCUUCCAUGAAGAUGGAAGCGAAAGUGACCCUUCGUUUUGAAAUAAGUCUGUGACUUACUUCUCCGAGUAUGGCAUAUUGUCAUAUCCCAAGGACCUUCUUCUGACGAAACCCUGUAAUGACGAAGCAAGAGGAUGUAUUAAACCCAGCAUCCCAGGAUGGGGUUUUUAGAAGAAAGACUUUGUUGUUUUUGUUGUUUUUUUGACAAAAAAAAUUAACAAAAGCAAAUAUACAUAUAUACAUAUAUAUAUUGAUUCUGAGACAUCGAAGCUAAGAUAAGCGAUAUCAGAGCUAAGGGAAGGACCAUUGUAAGUGGACUUACAUACGUUACCGUAUUCACUCGUAGUGAGUAAUCUUGUAUGUAAUUUACUAAGAAAUCCAAGGCGGGGCCUAGCGCCAGGCUGCUCCCAAUCGCCAUUCAACACAGAGUUGGAACAAAGCACUUGCGGAGCCAGUUUGCGCGUGAUAUGGGGAUUCCUCCUCUUCUAAUCUGCCCCCACCCCAGAGAACAGAACGUGUAGGUGGUACUUGAACCUACUAUAGUAAGGGCCAAUGGCUGGUGAUGUGACAUUUUACUUCCUUUUUUUGUUUGUUUGUUUGUUCUUCACUCCUGUUGUCUUACAAAUCACAUUUCUGUUCACAGAGGAGUCUUAAAAUUCAAAUUCAACUAGCCCAGUUCUAAAGGGGCUGUUGUUCUUGCUGCUGCUCUGACUGUUGAUAUUAUUAGGUUUCUAAGUUUCUCGCAACUGCCCAGGGAGAACUAGCCAUUUCUAGUUCCACCUCUACCAGUUAAGCACCCAUCUCAUCCAUUUCCCGGGUUGGGCAGAGUGUCAGACCUGACAGAGAUUUCCUGUGUUGCACCUAUUGCAAAGAUCGAGUAGCAUUUGAUGA